AACGUACCCAUCGCGCUGGGGCCGCCGAGAUUGAGUGCCCAGGAUGAACUUCACCUGGAAAAAGGGCUUCUACAAGCAGGACGUCAACAAGACCGCCUGGGAGCUGCCCAAGACCUACGUGUCCCUGACGCACGUAGGCAGCGGGGCCUACGGCGCCGUGUGCUCAGCCAUCGAGAAGCAGUCAGGGGAGAAGGUGGCCAUCAAGAAACUGAGCCGGCCCUUCCAGUCUGAGAUCUUUGCCAAGCGGGCCUAUCGCGAGCUGCUGCUGCUGAAGCACAUGCAGCAUGAGAACGUCAUCGGACUCCUGGAUGUCUUCACCCCAGCCUCUUCCCUGCGCAACUUUCAUGAUUUCUACCUGGUGAUGCCCUUCAUGCAAAUGGAUCUGCAGAAGAUCAUGGGAAUGGAGUUCGGUGAGGACAAGAUCCAGUACCUGGUGUAUCAGAUGCUCAAAGGUCUUAAGUACAUCCACUCAGCUGGGGUCAUCCACAGGGACCUGAAGCCAGGCAACCUUGCUGUCAAUGAGGAUUGUGAGCUGAAGAUUUUGGAUUUUGGGUUGGCACGGCAAGCAGAUGCAGAGAUGACCGGCUAUGUGGUGACCCGCUGGUACCGGGCCCCUGAGGUGAUCCUCAGCUGGAUGCACUACAACCAGACUGUGGACAUCUGGUCUGUGGGCUGUAUCAUGGCGGAGAUGCUGACGGGGAAAACUCUGUUCAAGGGGAAAGAUUACCUGGACCAGCUGACGCAGAUCCUGAAAGUGACGGGGGUGCCGGACGCUGAGUUUGUGCAGAAGUUGAAUGACAAAGCGGCCAAAUCCUACAUCCAGUCCCUGCCACAAACCCCCAAGAAGGAUUUCUCUCAGCUCUUCCAGCAUGCCAGCCCCCAGGCUGCAGACCUGCUGGAGAAGAUGCUGGAGCUGGACAUGGACAAGCGCCUGACCGCCUCUCAGGCCCUCACCCACCCCUUCUUUGAAUCCUGCCGGGACCCUGAGGAGGAAACAGAGGCCCAGCAGCCAUUUGAUGAUUUCUUAGAACAGGAGAAACUCACAGUGGAUGAAUGGAAGCGUAAGGGCUCGGGGCCUCGGGCUGCUUCCUCUCUCUGCCUGCAGCACCCCUCUCCUCUGCCUGCUUCGUUUUCCUGCCUGCCCUCAGCCGGUCCCAACCCCCUCCCGGAGACUAUCACCUCUUUCUCUCUGAGCGAAUAUCGUCUCCUGUGUGCACUUCUUUCUCCCUGCGCUGAGCUGACUUUCUGCUCCACACUAUGUCUGUUGGGAGAGGGGGGCUCUCUCUUGCCCUCAGCACCCCGUACCCCUUGAACCACCCUGUCUUUCUCAGACCACAUUUACAAGGAGAUUGUGAACUUCAGCCCCAUCGCCCGGAAGGACUCUCGGCGCCGGAGUGGCAUGAAGCUGCAGUGACCCGUCUAGCCCGACCCUCGGCUGAGCCCAGGAAUGGCCACAUGGUACCACCCGCCAGGCACUGCCCCUGGGACCAAUAUUUAUUUAUUGAAGCUUUAAUCCGUCUUGGAUUAUAUAGCCUUCCAAGCAGAGGACAGAGGACCCUUGUCCUUGUGUAGGAAACAGGCCUAGGAGAUGCAGAAUUCAGAGGUGUUGGUUGGGAGAAAAUAGCUAUGAUCAUAACUGGCCAUAUUAAAGCGCCCAUCUGGAGAAUCGCCUGUGUGUGGGGUCCUUACCUUCAUGGCUGUAGUGGGGCUGAACUGGGGCAGGAGUCUACGGCAGUGAUGGUGUAUUAGUUUGCUAGGGCUGCUGUAACAAAUGAUCACAAACUGGGUGGCUUAAAAUGAUAGAAAUUUAUUCUCACAGUUCUGGAGGCUGGUAGUCUGAAAUCAAGGUGUUGGCAGGGCCAUGUUCCCUUCGAAGGUUCUAGGGAAGAAUCCCUCCUGGCCUCUUUUUAGCUUCUGGUGGCUCUUGGAAUCUUUGGUGUUCUUUGGCUUAUAGCUGCAUCACCCCUGUCUCUGCCUCUGUCUUCACAGGGCCUUCUCUGCUCUGUGUAUCUCUGUCUUUGGCUGAUCUUGUAAGAACAUCAGUCACUGAAUUUAGGACCCACCCUGAUCCAGUGUGAUCUCAUCUUAAUCCUUAGUAAUUACAUCUGCAACUAUCUCAUUUUCAAAUAAAGUCACAUUCUGAGGUUCUGGGUGGGCAUGAAUUUUGGGGGCACAUUUUUCAACCCACUACAGAUGGCCAUGAGGGAGGGGCCCCAUCCCAGAGCCCCUUUGUUGUGGAGCCAAAUGUGUUUGGCUGCUAAAUUAAGGGAGUUGCAGAGAGAGCUGCAGCUGGUGAGACAUCGCAUGCAGGUUAUUUUGGGUGAGUGAUCAGUAGUCAAGAUAUGAAACAGCAGGCUUGUUGACUGGGAGCUGCAGAAGGCAGAAAUGGGCUUUUUCCAGGAAAACGGUUCUACUCCUUCCCCCUUUUGGGAAUUGUACAUCUCUCCUGAGCUUUAACCUGACAACAGAUUGGAUCCUUCUGUUCAGUAACUCUGUUCAGGUCUCAAACUUCCCUAUGCACCAGGGCCUGGUUAAUAUGCAGAUUCCUGGGCCCAGCCCCUGGGAUUUUGAUUUAGCAGGUCUGGGGUUGAGACCCUAGAACGUUUGAAUGAGGACCCCUUCACCUCAACCCAAGCCCAGUGAUUCUGAUGGAUAUCUGACCACAUUUAGAGAAACAUUUAGUUGAUUUCAGUACCACUUAAUUUGUCAAAAGGCCUAAAUUAGAAACCUACAAUGGGAGACUGAGGGGCUUUAGAUGACUUUCACACUCUCAUUUUAGAGAUGUUAAAACUGAGGCUCAGUCAGGGCAUUUUUAGGGCAGUGAUGUCAUUGUAGAUACACGACAUUAUGCAUUUGUCAAAACUAGUGGAACUGUACAACACAGUGAGUGAACCCUCAAGUAAACUAUGGACUUUCUUUAAUAAUAAUGUACCAAUAUUGGUUCAUCAGUUGUAAUAAAUGUACCA